GUUUUCCUGCCGCCGAGAGGGCGGGCGUCCCGAGCAAGCGGGUCAUUUGCAUGGAGCCCGCCCAUUGGCGCCCAGGGCUGGCUUUUGACAACUAUCUGCGGUUGCUGUUCCCAGUGGACAUCAUUUCAAUCCAGACAGGUGUGAAGCUGUGAUGGCUUCACCCAAAACCUUUUGGAGGGUUCUUUGCAUGCUUAGAGUCUGUUGGUGCCUUCUGCCUCAGACUGGCUACCUGCACCCAGAUGAGUUUUUUCAGUCUCCAGAGGUCAUGGCAGGCAGCAUAUUGGACUUAAAGGUUUAUCAUCCCUGGGAGUUCCUCCCCAAGUCUCCUUGCAGGACAGUUGUGUUCCCAUUGAUUACAUCUGGAGUUGCUUUCUGGGCCAUGCAGGCCCUUCAGCGGCUGGGGCUUUGGGCAAACUGCAUCAACAGCUACAGCCUUCUUGUCUCACCUCGCCUUCUCCUGACGUUGUUUUCGUUCAUCCUCGACUACAGCGUUUACCAGCUGGCUCCUCUCUGGGGAGCAGAUCCAUGGCGCUCACUGGCUCUGCUUGCUGGCUCCUACGUCACACUGGUCUUUUACACAAGGACUUUCGCUAACACAGUCGAAGGGCUUCUUUUUGCCUUGCUGCUUCUACUGGUGUCUUCAAGGGGAGCCAGCAAAAACUCAGCCUUGGCCUCCAGAUGGCAGAACCCUUUAAAUCACAGACUCAUUGGGAUGACAAUAGUUGCGGGCUUUUUCAACAGGCCAACGUUUCUGGCAUUUGCAUUGGUGCCCCUGCUGUACUGGAUUUGUGUAGACACCACAUGUCUGCAGAGCAUUCAAACAAUAUCCAGCCGCAUCCUGUCUCUGGUCCCAAGUGUUGCUUUCACUGCUGUUAUCUUCAUAGUGGUGGACAGCUGGUAUUUCACUUCUGCCCUGUCAGAGCUUAGCCUGCAGAACAUUUAUGUGGAAAGCCCGGUGAACAUCCUCACUAGACUACGCCAGAGUGUAGUUGUGACCCCCUUUAACUUUCUCACCUAUAACCUUAACCCUGAUAACCUUGCCCAGCAUGGGGCUCACCCUCAUCUUACACAUUUAGCAGUCAAUGGGGUACUGCUUUUUGGGGUCCUUCAUAUAGAGGCUAUCAGCAAUGGGUUCAAACUGCUGAAAGGACACAUCCACCCCUUUAUUUGGCUGGGGGCACCUAAGAGGAGCUCUCGUUCAGCUGUUGCAUGUCCAGAAGGCAAGCCGGCACUACUAGCUUUCUAUUUUAUCCCCCUGGCACUCCUUUCUUUAUUCAGCCAUCAAGAACCUCGCUUCCUUAUCCCCCUUAUUUUGCCUCUGGUCCUCUUAGUCACACAGCACAGGCAGGGCCAGCAAUGGAAAUCUGUCAACAUUGUUUUCAAUAUUGGUGGUGCCCUUUUCUUUGGCUGUUUCCAUCAGGGAGGUGUAGUCCCUUGCCUGUUCCACUUGGAACAGCUGACACAUUCCCCCCUGAGCCAUCACACACACUACACCCUGCUCUUUGCUCGGACCUACAUGCCUCCGAGGUUUCUGCUUAAUGUGAACAAGAGCAACACGCUGGUGGAGCUUGUCGAUAUGGCUGGGGCUGACAAAAACUUCCUUUGCCAGAUCCUGGGGUCCAUAGUGAAUGGUCCUGGCUGUGCAGAUAGAGAGCUGCACAAAGAAAUAACUUGCCGUGUGUUGGUUAUAAUCCCAGGCACAGUCAGAACAAUGAUAGAGCAAUGCCAGUUACUGGUCAGGAAGGAGACGCUUGUCUUUCCACAUCUGACGAUGGAAGACCCACCACGAAUUUCCAUUCUCUUUAGUGAGAAGUGGAGAAGUCAGUUAGGGUUGUAUAUCCUGCAGCUGAAGAGAAAUGAAGAGAGCAUCUAGCAUCGAGGAGCCCAGGAGUGAAAUAUGGAAUUCACUCCACAAGAAGUACUGAUGGCCACCAACCUGGAUGAAAUAAAAGGAGACAAAUUCAUGGAAGUUAAGGCUAUCCAUGACUAAUAGCCAUGAUGGCUAUGUUCUACCUCU